GGAGCUGAUUGGAUGCUCGUAGAAUUAGCGUAAAAUAAGGAGUGUAACAGUUUUGGUUUUCUCGGCUAAAUUCAACUCUAAUUCGGUAAUGUCCGACGAGUACCAGUACGCUAGCAAGGGCAAGUUGAAGCUCAAGUGCGAUGCUGAAAUUAAGAAAAAGAAAAAGAAGAAAAGUAAGGACAAGGAAAAGCUUCGGGAAAAGUUGGAAAAAACAAUGGAGCAAAGCAGCACCAGCAGCAGCGGCGGCGGUGGAGGCAGUACCAGUAAUGGUCAGGGUCAGCCGCAGGCCUCCGGGCGGGUGCUGACGAAGGCCGAAGCUGCUUUUAAAAAUAUGCAGGACAAAAUGCAAAAGAAACGCAUCAUGGAGAAAGCAUCGAUGACUCACAAACAGCGGGUGGAACAGUUCAAUCAGCACCUGGACGGUCUAACGGAACAUUUCGACAUACCGAAAGUGUCCUGGACCAAAUAAGAACACUACUUUAGCUAUAUGUACAUACCUACAACAUUGCCAUUGAUGGCAUCCGACAUUGGCAUUCAUGCUUAAUACUUAGUGCAGAGAUCUGCUUCAAUCUACGCCGACAGAAGUGCUGGAGAAAGGAAGAAAGCUUUUUUUCUAAUUGACUACAUUUAAUAAGAUUAUCAUAAUUAAGGAACGUGUUACGAGGAAGGAUGGAUUUCGGAUUUAAUAAUAAAGUGAUUCCAGCCACCCACUCGAGGAAAAAGUUUAC